UAUUUUCUACGGCCAUGGCGGCACUGCGGCCAUUGCUUCGGCGAUGCGCCGCUGCUACCGCGCAAUCGCGAACGCCGCUGCGCUUUUCGGCAUCGUCACCAGCGGCGGCGGCGUCCACGGCGAUCCCUGAUGAUGAUCCGGCGAAGCUGCUGCAUAACAAGAAUGUGAGUCCCCAGGGUUUUAGAGAUCAGGCUCCCGCGAAAGUGGUGUUGUACCAAGCGCGCUGGAUGCGACCGCUGCGGCUUGUCGUGAGGCUCAAGGUAAUUCAACUGGCGGGAUUUGCAGCCAUAGCAGCUCCAUUAGCAAAGUACGUGAAAGAGGGGACAUUGUCUGCCGAGGCUGUAGCAGCAUCUCUUGGCGUCACUUUUGGAGCUGUUGGAGCAACGCUCGCUCUCUGGUACUAUUCCCGUAGAUACAUUGGCGAGCUCUCGCUUGUUCCACCUCUUCCAGAAUAUGUAGAGAUCAGCACAAUGAACUUCUGGGGCCACCGCGAGAAUUUACGUGUUCGAGUAAGUAAGAUUGAUCCACCAUUUCUAAAUGCCACCCCGACCGACCUUUCUCGAAUGGCGACUAAUGUGUUCGUACCUCUGCCUGUAAUGGGGCAUCGCCAGUUCAUCUUGAAUUUAAUUCACGGGCAUCUCUACCACAAACGCUUGCUCUUCGCUCUUCUCAGCGGAACGCUGGAUCCCAAAAACUUCGAGGAUCUACUGGACAAGAAGAAACCGCCUACAUCUUAAAGCAUCUGUUCGAGCUUCUCACGAGU